GUGGAGCUGCGGGACCAGCUGAGAUCGCUCCAGAGGCUCACCCUCCAGAACUCGAACGAGAUUCGCAACUUCUUGCAUCUCACGGGCGAGUUCUGGCUGACGCCGCUCGAGCCAGAUUGGGUGCAGGCGCCGAUGGAGACAGGCAAAGAGUACGGACGGAAGGUGAAACAGCUGGGCAAGGGGCACGGCCUCGGCCCACCGCGCGGCCAGGUCGCGGCGAGCCUGGUCGAGGAGAUUGUGGCGGUGCUCGACGCGGAGGAGCAGAAGCUCGACGUCUUCCUGCAGUGCAAGAUUCAGGAGGCGUACAACAAGACGGGCGACGACGUGGAGAUGGACAUCAAGCAGUGCAAGGCCAAGCUCAUCUACACGAUCAACACGGCGCCGAGCUUCAGGGCGGUGCUGUACGACCAGAAGCUCGAGCAGGAGCAGUACGACAAGAUCUCGGGAUUCAAGGGGGACAUGUUCAAGCAGGCGCUGGGCCACGCGCUGGCGCACCUCGGGGCCAUGAAGAGCCGCUCGGGGGGCCCGAAGACGGGCCUGGAGAGGGCCGUGGAGGCGCAGCUCAACAGGAGGUGA